UCCACGGUCAGCCUAUGUAUGUGUCUCAUGUUUGUGUGUCUCUGUGAUUGUGUUCUUGUUGCGGUGACGCCCACCAAAACAUGCAGAUCUACAGACGUCAGAAAAGUGAUUUGGCUGAAAUUUUUAGUGACUGUUAACGACACCUGGGAUCCAGACGGAUGCAUUGCGACAGUCCUUACACCAAGGUUGAUUCCCGGUAAAGAAUACAAUAAAUCCGAAUCUGUACGUGUUGGUAGAUGCGAUAAAGGCCCUCUAUGGUUCAAUAUAUCAGAAGCAGGAAUAAAAGAAUCACAUGCUAUGAAUGUUGACUUAAUAUUCUUUUCCUCUGUCGUCGAAGACGCUUCCCCGCCUACCUGUAGGAUACCAUGGAAUGGCACGUACCUGACACCGAAAACAACGAUGGCAAACGAGUCUCUGUUACCCGGAUGUUUUGUCAUGGACUCCCGCGAAGGAUAUCACAUGACGUAUUACUGGUUUCACGUAAUUGAUUGGAUGUUUGGCUAAUUUGUAAAAUCGUAAUUGCUUUGUAUGUUGGUGAACAAUAAAGAUUACAGUAGACUUACAUAUGUAUUACCAAA